AUGUGUGCGUGCGCACGCCUGCAAUGUGCAUCGACAAUGACCUCGAAAAUGGACGAUAUUCGACCACAGGGUGAUUGGAUCGAUGGAGAAAUAUGCACCGAGGCCACGAAACAAAAACAAGGACGUCUCAAACUGGCCAAAAAAGCUCACAAUCAACCACCGAAAAUUCAUGUGACCGAGCAAAUCUGGGUUGUGCUAACAGUACUGCAGCUAAAAUAA